AUGGACGCUCCGUUGUUUAUUCGAAGAGUAACGGUCAGUUCUGCGGUGAUGCUCGGACACAUCAAAGCUCUGGAAAAAGGAACCGCCAAGUAUCCCCUCCGACGCGUCGUCUGUAAAAUGAUGUCUGUACCCAGGGGAAACUUAACACUCACUCAGGAUCACUUAUUCUUGGGUCAGCUACCCAACAGAAUCGUGGUGGGUUGCGUGUCCAAUGCAGCCUUCAAUGGGUCAUACUCCAAAAACCCGUACAACUUCCAGCAUUUUAAUGUUAAUUACGUCUCGGUGCAUGUCAACGGCGAACAGAUCCCCCACACCCCUUUGAAACCAGAUUACGCCACCGGAAGGAAAAGCUGUGUCAGAUCCUAUCACACGCUGUUCUCCGGUAUGGAUAAAAUGUACAUGAACGAAGGCAACAACAUCAGUCUGAGCGAAUACCCAGACGGGUAUACACUGUACGCUUUUGACCUGACCCCAGACUUGGCGUGCGGUGGACACUUCAGCUUGGUGAAGCAUGGGAACCUUCGUCUGGACAUGCACAUUGCCUCACCGCUCGAAGAAACCAUCAACAUCAUCAUCUAUGCCGAGUUCAACAACAUAUUAGAGAUUGAUCAAGCUCGUAACAUCAUCUUCGACUACAACAGCUAG